AUGGAUUCAGGUAUACCAAACCACUUUAUCAAGAUGAAGCAACACCUUGCAUUUGGUACUGCCAUCUUGAAUAUCCAGAUCCCACUGAUGCUGGGAGAUUUGGUAAAUGUUGUUGCCCGAUUCACCAGAGAGCAUACCGGGAACUACCUGAAUGAAGUUAAAGGGCCUGCAGUGAAGUUAUUAGGACUUUAUGGCUUGCAGGGGAUCCUGACCUGUGGGUACAUCACUUUGCUCUCCAGGGUUGGGGAGCGAGUAGCUGCAGACUUGAGGAAGUCUCUCUUCAUAGCUUUACUCAGGCAAGAUGUGGCUUUCUUUGACGCUAACAAGACCGGCCAGUUGGUAAACCGCCUGACCACUGACAUUCAGGAGUUCAAAUCCUCUUUCAAGCUUGUCAUCUCUCAGGGUUUACGGAGUAUCACCCAGACAGCUGGCUGCCUUGUCUCCAUCUACCUGAUCUCUCCAAAACUGACAGGCCUCAUCUUGGUGGUCUUGCCCACUCUGGUUGCUGCUGGGGCACUGAUUGGUUCAGUCCUGCGCGGGCUGUCACGAAAGGCUCAGGAGCAGGUCGCUAAAGCCACUAGUGUUGCUGAUGAAGCCCUUGGUAAUGUUCGUACAGUGAGAGCUUUCGCAAUGGAGGACAGAGAGGCACAUUUGUACUCUCUUGAAGUUGAAAAGUCCAGCAACAUAAAUGAAGCUUUAGGGGUCGGUAUUGCCAUUUUCCAGGGGCUGUCAAACCUUGCACUAAACUGCAUUGUCAUGGGCACUAUCUUUGCAGGAGGAUACUUAGUAGCUGGUGAGCAGCUGUCAGCCGGAGAUCUGAUGUCAUUCCUUGUGGCCUCACAGACUGUGCAGAGGUCCAUGGCCAAUGUUUCCAUCCUGUUUGGACAGAUUGUGAGAGGCAUGAGUGCUGGUGCCAGGGUAUUCGAGUACAUGACCCUGGAAUCUACCAUUCCACUGAAAGGGGGAGGCACGAUCCCCUACCACUCGCUGAUUGGCCAUGUCCAGUUCAAAGACAUCUCCUUCAGUUAUCCAACAAGGCCUGGUCAUGACGUUCUGAAAAAGUUCAACCUGGACCUUCCUCCUUGUAAGACUGUGGCCAUUGUGGGACAUUCUGGAGGAGGUAAAUCCACAGUAGCAGCUCUGCUCGAGCGGUUUUAUGACCCAUGCUGUGGUGUUGUCACUCUGGACGGACAUGACAUUCGGACACUGGACCCAUCCUGGCUCAGAAGGAAUGUCAUUGGAUUCAUUAACCAGGAGCCAGUCCUGUUUGGUACCUCCAUAAUGGAAAAUAUCAGAUUUGGUAACCCUGAUGUCACAGACGAUAAAGUAUAUGCUGCAGCCAAGCAGGCGAAUGCCCACAGCUUUAUAUGCAGUUUCCCUGAUGGGUACAAAACUGUUGUAGGUGAGCGUGGUGUGACAUUAUCCGGGGGACAGAAGCAGCGGAUUGCAAUCGCCCGCGCACUCAUUAAGAAUCCCAGUAUCCUCAUCCUGGAUGAAGCCACCAGUGCACUGGAUUCCGAGUCUGAGCAGGUGGUCCAGGAGGCUCUUGAUCGGGCCACCACUGGCCGGACAGUCCUGAUCAUCGCCCACCGGCUUAGCACCAUUCAGGGGGCAGACAUCAUCUGUGUCCUGAGCAAUGGCAUGGUCAAAGAGUCUGGCACACACAUUGAACUGCUGAAGAAAGGGGGUCUGUAUGCAGAACUGAUUCGCCGACAGAGGACAGAGGGACAACAAUGAAUUUCAUGUAACAAAACAUAACCGUUUCCCGAUACACAAAGUCACUACUGUAUUUCGCAUCUGGUGCACCAUACAUUAUACCGUCUCCAGUGCUACAGCUUGUGGCAUGUCAUAUCUUAUUGGUUCUGUGACCUGCACUAUACCCUGCAACAAGCUGUAGGGUUAUAGGACAAUAGUUGAAUAUUUUGGCCCAAGUUAGUCAGUAGACAGAUGUAUGCAAUGCCACAAAAUGAUACAGAUUUUAAGUAAUUGUACUACCUAUAAUUAGUAACAGCAUCACUGCUCCAUGGAUCCUUGUGCAGUUUCACUUCUACAUCAUGUUUGCUUCUUUGAAAACAAAACAAAAAUGUCUAGAAUUAUAUAAAUACUUGCAAGCAUAGGCAACUAACACUAGUCAAAUUAAUUAAAAUUGGGAUACAAAAUAACUUUCCCACCAGUAUAGCACAUAGGUUGGACAUGAGAAGCAGAAAUCUGCUGCUGCAUCAAUGUUCUUAUGAUCUGAAGUUUUGAUAAGAUGUUAUCAUUUGUAAUCCAUUUCAUGUAAAAAGGUUUUAAAAUAAGUCUUUUAGCAGACCAGUAAACUCAUUUAUGCAAAUUGUUAUUUGUUUUUCAGUCCUAGGAAAGUCUUUCUAGCAGCCAAGUUAAAUCUAACAAUACACAAUUAAUACAUUCAUUAUAUUGUCUGCUGUUGGCUUUAAAAUGGGGAAAGUGUCAAAAUGAUGUGUUGUACACAGUGGAGCCCCAUUAAGUGGUUUACAUUUAGACUUAUGUAACAAUCAUGUGAAGCAGUUGUAUCUACUGCAUAUGUCUCCUACAGUCCAUUGGAGUUUAACGUGAGACACUUGAGUUUGUUAUAUUACACGUUGUAUGUAUUAAAAUAACUUGAAAUAAAAAAUAAAAAAACACAAAA